GUGUCCCGGGUGCCCGACCGGUGUGUGGGGCUGGCCGAGGCGGUGUGCUGGAGCUAUGCGGCGUGCAGGCUACCUUUUGUCACAGCCACGGUGGCGCCGGCGGCACCUGUGGGGCAGUGGCGGACGCAGGAGCAGGGUUUGGACCAGGAGCACGGCGGCAAUUUGGCAGCUCAAAACGCUGCUGCACGCGCUCGCUCGUGA